AGUCGCCGGGCAAAACCUCGGCAGUGAGGAGAGACGUUGCGCGUCGACUAUCUUAGCCGGAUCAGUUCGUACGUGCGUGCCGUUACCGUGAGAGCCGGAGGAGCUUGAAUGCACGACGAAGAUGCUGCCCGAGACUGGACGAUGUUCGCUAUUCUGCUGGUUAACAAUAGCGCUGCUCGUCAGCCUAAUCGUCGACGACACCGGCGGUGUUUGGAAGAGACGGGAGGAUAAGACCAAGUGCCCGAAAGUGAAGGGCAUACGUAACUUUGACAUCUCCGAGUUUCUCGGAUCGUGGUACAUCGUACAGUACUACGCAAGCUCAGAGGAAGCUCUCGCGUACAGAUGCAUGAGAGCCGAACUCUCGGUCUCGCCCGAGAGCGCAGAAGUUACUAUGAAUUUCACUUACAGCUUUACCGACGAUCCCAUUAACGAGCUGCUCGUUGGUAACAUCACGUGGAAGAUUCCCUCGUCGGAUUCACCCGCUCACUGGGUGCACGCCGAAUUUCCAUACGAAGGAGUGUACAAUACGUACGUGUUAGAUUCGGAUUACAAGUCCUGGGCAUUGCUAAUGCAUUGUGCUGAAAAGAGCAAGAGUCCACGAUAUUUAUCUAGCUUCAUCAUGAGCCGUGAAGAGAGCCUCGGGGUGAACGUCAUUUCUUAUCUGCGCGAGAAACUGCCUAGAUAUGACAUCGACUUGGAGUAUAUGUUCCCUAUGGAUCAAAAGCAAUGCAACAAGACGGAGGACUCGCUGCUACCGCUGUUUGCAUCCGUCAAGAAAGGAUAUGGCAUCAGAAGGCAUCCGUUGAAACGGAAACAUAGACGCUCAUGAAAUUCAUUGCUCUCUCGGGAGCAACGACAUACAUCUGAAAUGCCUUGGAAUAAGGAAAUUUUUCUGUAUCGAAUUUAAUAUUUCGCGUCAGCCGUCGGCUUGCACUUCUUGGAUAUCCACAACGCGAGAAGAAGUGUAACACUAGUCUGCAAACAUAAAAUGCAAGCUUAUGAAUAGCAGAACGGCAUUUAAUUUACGUUUCCGAUGUACUCGUACUUAUUUCGUUAAUACAAUCUGUCGUCAUAAUCGUACGUUUUACUCUACUUUUUUAACACUUAAGAGAACAUGUGAUAUAUCUGUGUACAGGAUGUCCCAACUAUAUCGACAUCCACACACAUUUAUGUGUCUUUGCAUAAGGUAGGAGAGAAGCCCGACAACGACACGGAAAAUGAAAUGCAAGAAGUUGGAUUCGAAGAGCAACAUCAAGAGCACACGCUCUCAAUGCUCGAAUCAAACAGCAAGAACGUUACUUUGGGCUAAUUUUAUUAAUUCAAUUAACAACAUGUUAUAAUACUUUUCGUCUCUUCCUCUUAUUUAUAAUUACAUAAUUGUAAUGAACUGUUAUUGUUUUCUUUAGACCCGUCGUCUCCCAA